UAUAAAUUCGGCGAGACUAUAAAUUAUGGAUGAACCAAUCAGACACACAGGUUUAUAACACUCAUUUGGUCCUGGGUAUUAGGUAGAUACUCUCAAGGUCAGUCUAGCGUCGCUCAAAGGUCGGCCAUAAGUUAUAGUCUCAUCAUGAAUUCUUGUUUGCUUAUUAGUGACUUGUUUAUUUGAAAACUACUAGUAAACCAAACGUUCCAUUUUUACAACUGUUUAUCAUAAAUAAGUUACUUUCAUGUUCCAAGCUGCUUGUUGCUGCUAGUUAAAAAUUCUUGCAGACGGCUUUGGAAUAAAAUAAAUGAGGUAGUAAGAAUAAAAGCCUCUAUAGUUUAGAUCUUUGUUUUCAACGAUAACGCAUCCGUCUCUUUAACGAAACUGAUAUCGUACCACAUCGCUACAAAUAAAUUUAGUUUCGUACUCAAAAACUGUUUCGCCAGCGUUCAAAUCCGAUAGUGCUUUUCAGGGACUGAUCUAUCAGGAAAUAUAUGCAGAUGGAAUAGUUCUAUUAGUUGGAGACCCUUAAAAAACUGGUCUCCUUAUCACCUAGGCUUGAAAUUUGUUUCUCUUUCUAAAUAAAAAAUGUUGCUUAAGGAGUUGCCUGCGACAGUGCCUAGACUUAUGAUAGGGAUCAGAGUAUUUGAGUACAUAAAUCAGUUGGUUUGUAUUGUAAGUUUUAUCAUAAUAGAUUGGUGUUUGACGAAACUAAUCGGGUUUUGCCAACCUUUAUGACUUGUGAUGUAGAGGAGAUGUUCGUCUGCCAACUAAAAGACGAGUUUACUGCUCAGCAGUUUGAUCGCCCCCACCUUGUGGCUUUGAAACGUUACCUUUAAGAAUAAAAGAUAUUCGUGGAUUACUAGCAUUAGAUCACCGGUGCCUUCGAAGCAUCGAUAGAGUACAUUGGGACUACGGAGUGAGCAGUGCCGAGAUUAGCCGCAGUGUAUUGGGUAAAAUUAAGAAAUUGAUGGAUAAGGUAGUUAAUCUUAUAUGCUGAGGUUCUUGAGACAUGUAUUGCAUCUGAUCAACCACUUCCUACCUUGAUGUGCUAAGCCUGCUGGUUUAAGUUGGGACAAAACUGGGGGUGGCCAAACAAAGAUGUGUAGCUAGUCUAUGAAGUCAUUGGCUGUUGUAUGUAGCAAUGCUGGUAAUUCCAGGCUACCCGGUUGAGGUAUGCGUAAUUAUCGUAACGAUUUCUUAGAAACUUUGGAAGACAUGACUCAGAAUCUGUCACAAUGGCUCAGAUAUAUUCAGUCCUUUUUUCCUUCAGAUUUUGAAUUUUAGAUUAUUCGGUAGUUUUUCGUUGAUUGUUUUCAAAUAACGUCGCUUAUGUCUAGUUUUUUCUAAUACUGUCACUUGUGUUACUACUGUUCCAAGACUUGUCUCGGUAAACUCACCUAACCGUGCUAAUAUGGAGUGGCUAAUUUAGUUGAUGCACAUAUGUGGCAGGUUUUUCGCUGCUUGUAACUGAUUUACUAAUUCCAUUCAGGAGAACAAUGUAAUCUGACUAUUCCAAGUUAUUUAUAAUAUGUCUUUUUAUAAAACUUAAGAUGUAUAAAACGUUUUACACAGUCGUUUUCUAAUAAAAUGUCAGCAAAUCGCUCCACUAGACAAUCAAUGUUAGUGUUUAUUUCCAAACUCUAUUAAUGGCAUGUUCAUAAAACUCAAACAGAUUUUAAAUAUUUCCCUUAACUAUUGUAAUCUUGUUUUGUCAAAAAUCAAUUACCGAAGCCGUUAUUUUAGAUUUGAUCUACUCAUGGACUCCAAGCGCCCUAAAUUAUGUUCUCUGGAAACUGAUAAUACUGACAAUGAAGUGGAUAUCCUUCAACCCAGCGAAGUUGGAAUCAAUACGUUCGUACAGCCUUUAGUUCAAGGUUUUGAGGCAACGUUGAAAAAUAGAUGGGAAGACUUCAUUGUCCGUGAAUUUAGAGGUCAAAAUUAUGCAAAGCUUACUGAUUUAGCAUCGAUUCCGGACCCUACUCCUGAAGCUGAUGAUUUUGAUAUGGAAAAGAAACUUGAAGUUCAUUUGUCUGGACUUCGAAAUUUGAGCCGUGGUGAUAGUGAAGUAUUAAAAAUUAAAGCCCCAGAUAAUAAAGCAGACAGAACACAGCUCCACCAAGCAAUACGUGCAUUGUUCCCAUCACUUGAAAGCACAACAUCAAAAGAUGGCAAUGAAAAUAUGAUUGUUGUACAUCGAAAAGACCAUCCUGAAGCAAAAGGUUCACGAGAAUCCAAAAGAAGAGCCAACGGUAUGUCUAAAAGUGCACCAUAUUGCCAUUUUGUACUUUACAAGGAGGGUAAAGACACACUUAGUGCUAUCCAAGUUCUCAGUCGUUUCCUUCAUGUUGGACCCAGUAUAUUUUCAUUUGCUGGUACGAAGGAUCGUCGAGCAAUUACCACACAGUUUGUUACAGCGAAAGGUAUAAAUUCGAAAACACUAUCAUUGCUGAAUGCACGGCUUCAUGGCUUACGUUUAGGCAAUUUUUCUUACGUUUCCUCUCCUCUGUUUCUCGGAGAUUUAGAUGGAAAUCAGUUUGUAGUUGUGCUAAGAUCGGUGUGUGCACCAAGAUCCGUCGUUGAAACUGCAGUUGGGACUUGGAAAAGCACUGGUUUUGUGAACUAUUACGGUCUUCAAAGAUUUGGUCAUUCUUCCAAAUCCAAAAGUUUCGAAAUUGGAAAAUAUCUUAUUCGUUCGAAAUGGGCGGACGCUAUUGACCUUAUCUUGAGACCAACUUAUGCAGACUUACCUUUUCUUAGAAAAGUCAAAGAAAAAUUCUUACAGUCCGGCGAUGCAAAGGGUUGUGCUGACGAUUGCCCAUUGGGUAUAGAAAAAACUUUACUGUUAGGUAUUGCGAAGCAUGGCAAAACUUUGAAUGCCAUCCAAAUGCUUCCUCGAAACCUUCGCCAACUCUAUGUACAUAGUUAUCAAUCUUUCUUAUGGAACCAUGUGGCAAGUCUACGUAUGGCUCAUCAGAAUCCUGAUGACUUUUUCGCGAAGCCUGGUGAUCUUUAUUAUAAUGAUCAGAAUGUAAUAACUACAGAUGAUUGUGAAGAUGAUAUUAGCUUCGACGAAUCUGUGUUAGAAACAGACAACUCUUUAAUAUCCUCGGCAAAUUCUCUCUCAUCAUCUAAAUUAUCAUUCAUACAUCCUCUAGUAGUUGGAGAAAAUGAAAAAAUCCCUUUAAAUUCAGUUGUACUUCCUGUUCCUGGUUACGCUGUACAGUAUCCUAAAAAUCAUAGCGCUGAUUGGUAUACCAAAUUACUAAGAGAAGAUUGUUUGACAGUCAAAGAUUUCAGUCAUUCAGUUAAAGACUUUGCACUCCCUGGCUCUUAUCGGAAAUUAAUUGUUGUCCCGGAAAACGUAAAAUACGAAUUUCAUGAAUAUUCAAACCCUGAUAUACCUCUCGUGAAGUCUGAUCUUCAGUUACUAAAUGGUACAAUUACAAGUAGUAUUUUAACUCCUGCUUCACAAAAUGAGACACAAAAUAAUAUCUGCUUAGAUAAAGAUGAGAAACAGCAGGCUAUCGUCUUAACGUUUAAUUUACCGAAAUCCAGUUACGCUACCAUGGCAAUACGCGAAUUAACGAAAACUGUCAUAGAAAAGAAAUAGCAUUUUAUGAAUAUUCCUUUCCGAAACUUGAUUUCCUAAACCGUAUCCCGUUAAAUUGUGUGCACUUUCCCUUACUGUUAACAGUUCUCAAUUAAUAUGAUCUAUGUAUAUUCUACUUAAAACAAUUAUCCAAAAAAUAAUGCCUACAAGAGUCAAUUAAAAACAAGGAAAAUUAAUCAGACAUGAGUUAUUAUUCUA